GUAUAUUUUGCAUGACAGGUAUAUGUUGCCAUUUGCUACACAUACUGGCAUGCAAAUGCUAGAUAUAUUAGUGGACUCUUUUCAACAAUAAAUAACAGUGUUUACCGCAAAUGAGAUGCCUCAAUCUGAUAUAAGACGCUUUAGGCUAUCUAUACAGACAGAAAUACUAUAUAUGGCAAUUCAUGAAUGCCAUAUAUUGCGCAAAUUUCUAUAAGCUAUAUGGUCCAUUCAUCUUUCGUCAUGGAGGGCAAGAGGGUGAAGGUGCCCUUAUACCAGGUGUCGGAGCUGGAGUACUUCAUUUUAUCUGAGGAUCCUGGUGGGGAUGAAGUAGGGGUGGUGAGGGUCCGCCACCACCCUCUAUGCCUGGAACCACCACUCCCCACUACCCAUCUUCACCACCACCAGGCCACAGCCCUCCACCUCCGACUUCACAGCACUCCCCUCCACCUCCGCCUUUCCCUCACAGCCCUCCACCUCCGGCUUCACCGCACUCCCCUCCACCUCCGCCUUUCCCUCACAGCCCUCCACUUCCGGCUUCACCACACUCCCCUCCACCUCUGCCUUUCCCUCACAGCCCUCCACCUCCACCAUCACAGCACCACCACCCAAGAGAUUCAGGGAGAAAUCUCCCGAACUCCAGUUCUUGCAGAACUUAAAUUUAUGUCCCCCUUGCACAACUUGUCCCUUAAGGACCUUACCCUUAAGCUUGUUAUGUUGAUGGCGCUGACCCAUGCAGCAAGGGUGCAGACUUUGCAUUUGUUAAUUCUUACUGACAUUAGUGUUGCUCAGUCCUAUAUUACUCUGAGAUUGCGUGGUACUCUUAAGCAAGCCAGGCCGGGUUUCAAUGUGUGUGAAGUUCAAUUUAAGGCUUAUUCUCAGGAUGCUAGUUUAUGUGUCUGUGCCACUUUAAGGCAUUAUCUGGAGAGGACUGAGUUCGUCAAUGGUGACCAUUGGAAUGUUGGGUAUUCACCUUCUGGUGAAGCACAGAAGGAUAGACUUCUGGGCACUCACCGUCAGGCCCCAACGGGCAGUCCAAGAGUGGACAAGAUCAAGCCCACACUGAAGUGA